AUGUUGAGUCUAGCAGUAAGACAUACAGCUCUCAAACACCUUUUAAAAGUAACUGCAUCUUACUCUACAACCACCACAAUUGAUCAUGAAGAAAUCACUAAGUUCAACAAACAUGGCAAACAGUGGUGGAAUGAUUCAAGUGAGGUCAAACUAUUGCUUUCAAUGAAUGAAAUAAGAGUGCCUUUUAUAAGAGAUGGUUUAAUAAACUGUGGAAUAGUAUCAGAUGAUCACAUCGAAACAUGCAAGCCUCUAUCUGGUUUAAAAGUAUUAGAUGUAGGAUGUGGUGGAGGCUUCUUAGCUGAAGCAUUGGCCAGAAUUGGUGCUGAGACAAUUGGUGUGGAUGGAAGUAAAGACCUUAUUGAUGCAGCAAUUGAUCAUAAGCAGAUGGAUGAAGAAAUUAAGGACAAUCUACACUAUGAGCAUACAUGCAUUGAAGAGUUCUCAAAAAGCCAUGAAAAUGUGUUUGAUGCAGUUGUAUCCUCAGAAGUUAUUGAACAUGUAGUUAAUAAAGAAGAUUUUGUUAAGCAUUGUGCAGCUUGUUUAAAACCAGGCGGAUCAAUUUUCAUGACAACCAUCAACAAAACUACAAUUGCAAAUGUAUUGGCAAUAUUUGUAGCAGAAAACAUUCUUCAAAUUGUGCCUAAAGGAGCACAUGAUUAUGAUAAGCUAAUGGCACCACAUGAAUUACAAAGAAUGUUUGAAGAAAAUUGUUGCUAUACACGGAGAAUACAUGGCUUUACCUACAACCCAGUGACAAAGAGAUGGUGUUGGAUACCAUCUUCAGAUAUUAAUUACGCCAUUCAUGCAGUGAAGGCCAAAGAAUAAAAUAGCAAGUAUAACCAUCAAGUCUAAUUAAAUAGUAUUGUAUAUACCUUCAAUAUAUAAUUUGCUCAUCAAA